AUUUUGAAACGAGUUGCUAUAGUAACGGCACCUUCAAAAUGUACAUAAAACGUGUAAAUUUAAGUAACCAUGGUCAAGAAUGGUAUUGUUACGGCGGUAAUAGAAAGAGUAAUAUUGCUAAUAUUACUGUUCGAGUUCCUGCCACGGAAGUUACAUUUGACUUUCAUUCAAAUAAUAGCAUUUACAUGAAUGAAAAUCAAAAUCAAACUUUUAGUUGCAAAACCUCAGCGUGUUUACCAAAACCAUUAGUUAAAUGGUACUUAUUGAAUCCCAUCAACAAUAUAACCUACGAUAUAACAAACUAAUCGACAGAAUCAUAUAUUCCAAAAGAAAACUGGUUGACAGUAGCUGAAAGUAUUCUUCGGAUUCUUCCGAACAGAACACUAGAGCACUGGCAGCUAUACUGCGCAGUAUGGACAAAAGAGAAAGCAGCAGACAUUUUAAGUGAUGAAUUGGUACUGAACGUGGCAUAUCCACCAGAUGGUCCCCCAAUGAUAGCGAGCUACAGAAACGGCUCUACGAUACAUGUUCUCGAGACAGAAUUGCUUAAAUUGACCUGUUCUGUAACUGGCGGAAAACCAUUAGCGACCUUAAGAAUGACCUGUUUAAACAGUAAUUCAACAGCAACUGUUACCAAAGAAACGACGGUGACUGUGUACAUUGCACUACAAGUGAAUCGCAAUCAUAGUCAAUGCAUAUGUCAGUCUGAUCAUAUGAUUAGUGGUACACAAAAAACAUACGUCAUGCUCGAUGUGCUGUUUCAACCCCGUGAAGUCCGCUUCGGAAUGGAGGCAGGAGAAAGUUUGAUUGUAAAUCAAAAUGAAGAGGUGACUUUUCAAUGUUUCGCUGAGUCUAAUCCUCAUCCAGAUAUUGUUAUCAGGAAUCAAAGAGAUGAACAGAUCAUAAUGAUGGAAUAUGCCACUCAUGAUGUUCAACAUACAAUUCCUAAAGUAUCUUGUGCUGAUGCAGGGGAGUAUGUAUGCUCUGCUAGGAAUAUGUUAACAAAUGGACAAGGAGCACUUUCAAGACUCAGUCUCAUUGUAAGAUGUCGUCCACGUCCGUCAGCUGAUACAGUAAAAGAAACAAAGAUAACUGCUCUUCUGCAUGUUGACGUCACGUUGCAAUUUUUAGCUCAAGACUUUUUUGACGAGCAAAACAAAACAGCAUUCGCAUGGUAUAAACAGAAAGUGCCAAUACAAAAUGACGGCAAUAAGUAUAUUAUAUCAUCUUAUGGUUUACAAUCUAACUUGAUAAUCAGAAACAUUACAUACUCAGAUUAUGGACAAUACCAAGUUGUUGUCAGGAAUUCAUUUGGACAUAAUACCUACUAUUAUGAAUUGCUGGAAAAAGCUCCUCAACAUUCAACCGAGCCUAUAACAGCCUCGACACUAUUUGGGGUCACAGUUGGUGUAUCUAGUUUCACUUUUUUAGUGGUUGUAUUGGCAUUCUUAUUUUGGAUAUAUACCAGACGUAAACGCACUUUGAAGAUAACAGACAGAAAAACAGCUGAGGUUAUCAAUGAAUAUCAGGCUACUACUAGGCAUAAUGACAAUGAUGCAGAAAAUAUGUAUGAACAAAUUGAUGAGCAAUGAACUGCAAGAGGGGCAUACAUUGAGAUGCAAGGAAUCAAAACGGACAAUGAUACAAACUGUGAAUAUAUAGAUAUGACAAUACAAAACUUAUCCGAUGACAAAAAUAUGGAUACUAACCAAAUCGUUUUGUACAAAACUUAGUUUAUUUGUUUCACGUUUAGUUCAUAUAUAUUUUUACAUAAAUAUUUAAAUCUGUAAAUUUUCACAAACAAUAUUGUACCUAUUGUUCAUGAUAUAUUGAGAGAAUCCCCAUUAAUGCUCUGUAUAUAAAUAAUUAUAAAGUUACUAAAACCCUCCUGUUUGCAUUCUCUUAUGAACUGUUGUUUAUUUUGAACUAGAAUAGCUAAAUUAUAAGAUUGAAUGACGCUGAUCGUUAUAAUUAUUUUUAUGAGUGGAUUUUAGUUCGUGGUUUACAUAGGUAAUAAACAACUUUCUAUUAGUUCGCUAAUAAUUUUAGCGGUAAACAUUUUUGUCUUUUUCACCUUUAAAGUUUUAGUUUAUUCUGUAUUUGGUUGGCAAGUAGUUCACAUGUUGGGAUUCUGAUUUCCCCUCCUAUCCUUCCCUAUUUGUGUGUUAUCUGUAUAUCUAAUUGUACAAUAAUGUUUUCAUCAAGUGUAUAUUUUUCCUCAAUGUUUGAAUAUUUGCUUGAUGAUGAAUAUUACUACUGUAAUGAUGAUUGUGCUAGUAUAUGGUUAGACAAAACUAUUUUGAUUCUGUAAAUUGACAUAUUUGUAUUUGUUAAAAGAAUGUGUUUACAAUAUAAAUAUGAAACAUGUAAUCUCAAGUUUACUUAGUUUAUA